AUGGCCACAAGCGUAUUCUCUAGUAAAAUUGACAUGAACAUAUUUGUCUCAAUGGCCAAGAAUCAGCUAUAUGUUACCCCAUUCAAAGAGCUGGCACAAUUGUUAUUGCCUAAUUGUUUAAAGCGAUUCCUACCCAAAGGGGAUCCCAAGGCAACAAAAUUUUUCGUUGACUCCAUUCGACAUAUAAUUUCGCAAAGACGACAAAACCCUGAUUUAAAACACAAUGACUUCAUUCAACUACUUAUGGACGCGGAAAUAGACACUACUAAUCUAGGUAGAACAAAAACCACUUUACCAGAUGAUAUGUUUAUUGAGAAGCAAGUUGCAAACCGGUUGUCAAGUGAGGGAAACAGGAGGUCAUGGGAUAAGCAAUUGUCCGAAAACGAGAUGAUAGCACAAGGAUUCGUAUUCCUUGUGGCCACCUAUGGGGGAACGGCAUUAACCCUGGCGUUCAGUAUCUAUGAAAUGACUGUUAAUGAAGAUAUUCAGCACCGA